UGCCAUCUGGCGGUGUCCCAAUGUAUUAGGUAGUUCGAUGGCGGCGAGCUUUUAUAGGCGCAUGCGUCGCGACGGAAUACACACACAAACGUAGGAUACGUACGUAAGCGAACGCAACAAUGGCGACCUAAGGAAUUGGCGUGCGCUUCUUCACUCGAUAUCAUUUUGACACCCCAUCAGUGUUUACGCUGCCUCGAUAGACGGAUCUAUGAAGGUGAAAUUCGUUAGUGUUAAGGAAAAAUAUGUGACUUAUAAAGGAGUAAUUCGAGAAAGGAAGUGGCUCGUUAUACGUCUCUCUCAAAAGUUAUUUAAGCGCACGACACGAUUCAUGGUGUUGGUCUUUGGCGAAAAAACGCACGAACCAUGUAUACUUCCAUAUCGCGCCAGAUGUAACGCACUGUGGAUUUUAUGAUAUUAACUUGCCAUCAAAAUCCAUAGUGGUGCUCGUACGGCAUGGUAAAAUAGGGGAAGAGAACGAAGGAGAUGAGCCACAAUAUUGCAGGCAUGCCACCCUUCGCGAGGAUGCCUUUGGGGGGUAUGGGAAUGGGUGUGAGCAUGGGUCCUAGUGCCCCGCAUCCUGAAACUUCUGCUCACCCCCAUCCUCCGCCGCCACCACCUGCCGGUGCCAAUCCUAAGAAAAAAAGGCGUACCAAUGCCAGCGUAGCACAGCCACCCCCGCAACAACCUCCAACUGCGCAGGAUUUACUACCUCCACCAUUAACCGGUUAUGGGGACACGAUAGUCGCGAGUAAUCCAUUCGACGAUACGCCCCCUCAAACCACUCAAAGUCCCAUGAUGCACGGCGGUCCACCACAUAUGCAUCCUCAUCAUCCUCAUCAUAUGGGUGGACCGCCGAUGCGUGGUAUGAGUCCUCUUACUUCUAUUGGCGGUAUGAGUCCUAUGAUGCCACAUAAUAUGGGUAGUAUGAGCCCGAUGGGAAAUUCACCUAUGACAAAUCACAUGAACCACAUGGGUGGGAUGUCUCCUAUGAAUCAUACGCCUAUAGGCGGUAUAAGUCCUAUGAACAAUAUGGGACCGAACAUGCCGCCUGGCCCAAUGAAUACGAUGAAUAAUCAUAUGAAUAUGAGUCAUAUGGGAAAUUCUCAAUUAAGCGGUCCACCUAUGGGCAGUCCGAUGAAUAACAUGAACAGUGGACCCAUGGGUAGUCCUAUGAAUAAUAUGGGACACAGUAUGGGAAGUCCUAUGGGUGGUCCGUUAGGAUCACCCAUGAACACCAUGGGUGGAUCGAAUCAUAUGCCAAACGGACCGAUGAACAUGAACAAUAUGAAUAGCCAUAUACCACCUAAUAGUCCUUUAAACGGUCCCUCUAUAAACAACGUCAAUGUCAACAGUCCGUUAGGACAUAAUGGAUCUCAACCACAUCCGAAUCAUAUGGGAAAUAAUCUUAGUAAUAUAGGAAGACCUAUGAACGGUCCUAUGACUACCAUGAGCUCCAUGGUCUCGAAUAACAUGAACAUGAGUGGGCCGAGUCAAAUGAACAAUAUCAAUAUGGGUGGUCCUCCGAUGAACAACAUGUCCAAUAUGAAUAUGAGCCAUCAUAAUCAAAUGGGACACAUGCCAGGACCAAUGGGUACGAUUUCCAGCAAUAUAGGAGGUGGUCCACCUAUGGGUCAUGCCAUAAAUAUGGGAGGAUCUAUGCCACCUCACGGAUUUCAAGGUCCACCAGGAAUGGGUCCAAAACCGAUGCCUGUUUCUGCAGGAAAAAUUUAUCCUCCGGAUCAAGCUAUGGUAUUUAACCCACAAAAUCCUAAUGCGCCACCGAUUUAUCCUUGUGGAGUUUGCCAUAAAGAGGUGCACGAUAACGAUCAAGCAAUUCCUUGUGAAUCUGGUUGUAAUUUUUGGUUUCAUAGGGGAUGCACAGGAUUGUCGGAGACAGCCUUUCAACUAUUAACUGCAGAAAUUUAUGCCGAGUGGGUGUGUGAUAAGUGCUUGCAAUCGAAAAGCAUACCUUUGGUUAAGUUUAAACCAUAACACUUCUUGACCCGUCGUAUAUGCGACGCACGAGUGACUCUUUGUUAGCGUUUACACUUUGUACACGCACACACAUGCGCGUGCGAUUGCACACACGUAUACACACACGCACAUAUACACAUACAGAGAGAACAUACACACAACAAAUCAUGCAACACACACACACACACAGAGAGAGAAAGAGAGAGAGAGAGAGAGAGAGAGAGAGAGAGAGAGAGAGAGAGAGAGAACACAGAAAUACAUAAAAUACAUACAGCAAAGUCUACUGAUGCAGACGUUAAGUCGUGCAUAAAUAUAAACAUGUGCUGUUUGUUAACAACUUAGCUUUAACUUGUUGAAAAUAUUAGGGAAAGCGAUUCUGAGACUUGAAAAUGAGAUUGAAAGUUGAUUGGAAACAGAAAAAGGAUUUAAUUCAAGAAAAUAAUUGCUUUAAAUUUUGAGUCUGUUCGUGAUAAGUUGAUUCGCCUAUAUAUUUUCAAAUUAAUUUAUAUAUAGUUUCAAUUUAUUCAUUGAAAUGUCUUUAAUGAACAUGGCUGUAGCAUCGAUUUGGCAUAUAUGUAUAUAUAUAUAUGUAUAUAUAUACAUAUAUAUAUACACAUAUAUAUGUAUAUAUACACACAGAUACAUAUAUAUAUAUGCAUGUAUAUAUACGCAUAUAUAUAUAUAUAUAUACACAUAUAUAUACAUAUAUAUAUAAAGAAAUUUUAAAUACGAGAGAAACGUGAUUAAUAAUAAUCAACAAGAAGAUUUUUAUUAUCGAGGCACUUGAACCCCUCUCUCCUACAGCUAAUAAUAUUACGUUUUCAAAUGAACUGUUAUCUAAAUGCAUAAUAUAAGAAUUUAUACGGCAGUAACGAUACAAAUACAAUUGUUUGUAAAGAAACAAAAAUUUUAUUACUAACAACGGGUACUGCAUUCUUUUAACAUGUAUACAUAUUAUUAUAGGUAAACUUGUUGUCCUGUGUUUAUAUAACAAUUGUUACAAUGUUUUUAUCCAUUGGUAUUUAGGUACACGACUAAAAAUAAUAAUGAGUUUUUAGUUUCAUCUCAAAACUCUUUACAAAGGUUUAUCUUUGUACGACACAACUUGUAUAUAAAGUAGCUUUGUUUUACAUGGAAAAUAUUCAUUCUUAUUGGCUUACGGAAUCCUUUUUUAAAUAAAAUGAACAAAGAAGAAGAAAAAAAAAAAGAGAAAAAGAAAAUAAUUAAAAAGAAAAGAAUAAAACAAUUGCGGUACCCUUAAAGAAACUUGAGUUGAUUAUACGUUUUAAAUUUAAUUUUUAUAUUAUUAUUAUUAUACCGUUUUUUUUUCUUUUUUUUUUGUAUAUGUAUCUGUACGCCACAAAAGAUUGACUUGUUAAUAGAAUCGUAAUAAUUUUUCUUCUUUUAUAUAUAUAUAUAUAAAUAUUUUUUUUUUUUUUUUUUUCCUUGAAACGUGUUUGAGAGAGAAAAAAGAAAGAGAAGACCUAUCUGCAUCUCUUAUUCGAUUGUUCACAAUUCUUUUUUCUUUUUUUCUUUCUUUCUUUCUUUCUUUCUUUCUUUUUUUUUUCAUUUUUGUAAAUUUUUUUCCCAAUGUAUAAUAGAUAAUAAAUAAUGUAAAUUUUUCAUCGGCACUUUUGAACGAAAGAGCGUUAUUAUUUAAACAAAAACAGAUAUUGUAGAAAAUAAUAAUAAUAAUAAUAAUGUAUAAAUUAUUGCCGUGGCUAUUGAUAAUUAUAAACUAAAAUAGCUGAAGUAAAAUUAAUGAUUUUAGAAUUUAAUACGAAGAAAAGAGAAAUAAUUAAAUAAAAGAAAAGCAAAUAUUUUGUACAAAACGAACGUUAACAUUAUACAAAUAAAUUUUAGAGAUGAACGUAAGAGCGACGAUUUUAUUUUCUCUUUUAACGAAAAAAAAAAAAGAAAAGAAAAAAAAACAAAAGAAAAGAAAGAAAAAGAUCUUUUUUCCUCUCAAACAAGAUAAAUAUCUCGUUUUAGAUAUUAAAUGCAUCAUCUCGAAGGUCUUUUUUUGCAUAAUAUACAUUCAACGUAAAUAAGGAAUGUAUAAUAGCAUAAUGAUCCAGAAUGAUCUGUACAUUACAUACGUACAUACAACAUACAUACAUAUAUACAUACAUGCAUAUAUAUGUAUGUACGUAUGUAUGUAUAAGGUGCUUAAAAAUAUCGAUCCUCGAUGGUAAUCGAAAUCAUCCUGGCAAGUAGAUUGUGCCAUUAUUUUCAUGUGUUUUUGUUUUUAUUAUUAUUAUUAUUAUUAUUAUUAUUAUUAUUAUUAUUAUUAUUAUUAUUAUUAUAAUUAUAAUUAUUAUUAUUAAUACACAUAAAUAACUUGCAUAAAGAAUAAAAAAAAAAAAGAAAUAGUAACGAAUUGAAAUCCUUUUAACGUGAAAUAACAAUCAGUUAGGAAUUAUGAACUAACUUGUAUAUAAUUCGAGUCGAUGAUACAAUUAACAUUUAUUUAUUCAUAUAAAAAUGAGGCAAUAAUUAAUUUUGAUCGCAACAGACUCGCAGGAUUUGAAAUGAAUAUAUAAAUAAAUAAAAACUUGUACGUACGAUCAAAGUUAUAUUAUUAAUAAUAAUAAUAAUAAUCAUCGUCGUCGCUUUUUCUUUUUUUUUUUUUUUUUUGAUUUCUCGAUAGAAAAAGAAAAAGGGAAGGAAAGAAAAAAAAAAGAGGGAAAAUAAAACGAAACAAAAUUCAUUGCAAAAAUCUUUUCGCAACAAAUUUUAAGUAAUUAAUUGAUUACCGAUUGCUAAAGAGAUAUCGAAAAAAGAUUAAUAAUAUUACUAACAGUAAUAAUAAUAAUAAUAAUAAUAAUAAUAAUAAUAAUAAUAAUAAUAACAAAUAAAUAAUAAAAGAUCUAAUCUCGAUCGUUCGUCUUUGCCGUUCGUUUUUUCUAUUUUUUUUUUCUUCCUUUUUGAUACGACCGAUAACGUCGAACAGAACUGACAACAAAAAAAAGAAAAGAAUUAAAUAACUAAAUAAAUAGAUAAAAAAAUAUUGUAAUAAGACAUUCGAAACUCGAAUGAUUAAUAAAAAAAUAAAAGGAAAGAAAAGAGAGAGAAGACACGUGAAAUUCCGUCGGCAGCUAAUACAGAAUUAAAUGAGAGCGAGAGAGAGCGAGAGAGAGAGAGAGAGAGAGAGAGAGAGAGUGAGAGAAUGAGAGAGAACGAAAACGUGAAAGAGAGAGACAGACAGAGAAACAGAGAGAGAGAGAGACAGACACAUAGACAGAGAACACGGAUUGUAUAGUUUUUUAUAUGUAUAUGAAAAAAUAUAGCCAGUUAUCACGUUUCUAUUUAAAGCUUGUAUUAAGCGGAGAUAUAAGGAGAAAUAAAUAAAUAAAUAAAUAAAUAAAUAGUAAUAAUAAUAACAACAAUAAUUAAUAAAUAAACAAAUAAAUUAAUUAAUUAGAAAGAAGAAAAGAAAAAGGAAAGAAAGUAUUUUAAAUUAACGAGAAAAAUUGUUGGAAAAUUUGUAAGAAUUUUUUUAUCAGCAAUUUCUUUUUUCUUCUUCUUUCCACUUUCGCCAAUAAUUUAUCUCCGCGUGAUACACGCAUUAAGCUUGUUUUUAUUAUAUCGUAAUCGUUUUUCAAACAGAAUAUUACACGCCAAUAAUUAACAUAGAGAACAAGGAUCGUAUAAUGCUACAUCAUAAAUGCUCAUUAUUAGUAUUACAACGAAUAGAAUUAUUAUUCAUGUCUUUCUUCGCUUGGUUUUUCUUUCUUUUUUAUUUUUUUUUUUUUUUUUUGUAAUUUUCAUUCUUUUUUUUUUUGGUUCUUUUUUCUCUUCCUUCCUUUUUCUUCUCCCCUUUUCCUCCUCCUGAAUCCUGAUCAUCCCAAUUGAUUUCUUUUUUCUCUCUUUUCGAUCAUAUAUACAUUUAAUUUGUACGUAAGAAAUUGAAUGAUUUCGUUUGUCUAAACAAACGUUUGUUUAGAUAAACGAUAAAUGGGAUUAAGCUUAAAAAUGACAUCGACAUUCUUUUUCUAUUGUUAAAUUGCAAUAUAGGACACAAUGACUUUUUUAUGGACUGAUAAUGCUUAAAUCCCCAUGAAAUUUCAAGCUCUACUUCACAUAUGUAUACACUUAUAUAGAUGCAUAUACGUGUAUAUGUAUUUAUGUAAUCCUUGCCUAAAAAUCUUAAUAACGUUUUGUUUAAAUUUCAAUUUCGAAAUGGGACUGAAAUUUGAUGUCUGUGGAGACAUAAAAAUGUUAGUAAUAAUAAUAAUAAUAAUAAUAAUAACAACAACAAUAAUUUCUUUUUUUAUAUGAACGCACACACACACACACAUACAUAUGCCGUGUGUGUGGGUGUGUUGGUGUGUGUGUGUGGAAAUUAUACGUGCAUAUACGUGCAUAUGAAUGCAAGAAUAUUCACGAUGACUUUGAUAAUUUUGAAAAUGCGACUUUAUGUAUAUAAGCCUUUCUAUCUCUGACGAUUAAAAAAAAAAAAAAGAAAAAAAAAAGAAAAAAUAAAAACAAGCAAAUAAAUAAAUAAAUAAAAAUAAUAAAAAUCGGAAAAGAGAGAAUGUGUGUGUGUGCAUGUGUAUGUGACGUACGCGUGUGUGAGAGAGAGAAAGAGAAUAAAAGUUUUUGUAUGUUUGUGUGAGACAAAACGUUUAACGUCAUAAUUACAGCACCGUGAUCACUAUGAAAAAAAUAUUAAAAAAAAAAAAAAGAAAAAAAAAAGAAAGAAAGAAAAACAAACAAUUUGUAAAUAUAUCACGUUAAUAACUCUAUCGAAUAUACUGUGUUGAGUGUAUUUUACACGACUUUAUUGUUUUUUUACCUUAUUAUUAAUAAUAAUAACAACUAUUAAUUAUUAAUAAUAAUUAUUAUAACAAAUAUUAAUUAGAUUAUAUAUCGAUUGAAAAAAAAAGAAGCGAACUGAAGCGAAAAAAAGAAAUUUACGAUUAUUCACGAGGAAUUUCUUUUUUUUUGUGUUUUACCUUCUUUUUUAUUACUUUUUUUUUUUUUUUAUAAGACAUCAGGAAUAUUAAUAAAAAAAGGAGAAAAGAGUUAUGAUCUUAAUUAAAAAGAAAAGAUUGUUGUAUACGUCUAUAUAGAUAUACAUUUAAGUUGACGGCCGUUGGUGUUAUUUCUAUUAUAUGAUUUUUUUGAAUCGUGCGAUUGUAUUCUGUUCUCCUUUAUAAAUCUUAACAAAUCACAAAUAUUAAUUUUCAUUACAUAUACAUAUCUAUAUCUAUAUCUAUAUAUAUAUAUAUAUAUAUAUAUAUAUA